UCCCUGCUUCUCCUUCCCUCCCACCUACCCCUUCUCGACACCGCACCCACCACCACCACCACCACCACCACCAAACCCACCUCCGCCACCUUCUCCGUAUUUCUCUCUAUUUUUUUCUCUGUCUUUCUCUUUCUCUCUCUCUCUCUCUCUCUAACUGAACCGCCGUCGAUGGAGGCCAAGCUGCUGCUCCGAGCGCCGUCCCCUGCGGUCGCCCUCCCUCCCCUACGCUCCCGCCAGCCCCCGGAGCUCCGUCGCGGCGUCCGCCUCCCCGGUGGGUUCGGCCCCGGUUCGCGCUUCGCGGGUGGGCGCGUCUCGUGCGCCCACGCUUCCGCCGCUCCUGCCGGAUUCUCGCUGGAGAAAAGGAUAGACAGGAGCGAGAGCUUGAAGCUGGAGGGUAUAAGACAUUCCUUAAUUCUGCAAGAGGACAGCAUAAUAUUUGCCCUUCUCGAGAGAGCUCAGUUUCGUUACAAUGCUGAAACUUACAACCCUCAUGCAUUCUUAAUGGAUGGUUUUGAUGGUUCUUUGGUUGAGUUUAUGUUGAAGGGAACUGAAAAGCUUCAUGGUCAGGUUGGCAGAUACAAAAGCCCUGAUGAGCAUCCUUUCUUCCCAGAUGACUUGCCCGACCCAAUGUUGCCACCGCUGCAGUACCCACAGGUCCUACAUCCCUCUGCAGAUUCAAUCAACAUAAACAGUGAGGUCUGGCAAAUGUACUUUAGAGAUCUCCUCCCAAGAUUGGUUGGUGAAGGAGAUGAUGGCAAUUAUGGAUCAACAGCUGUUUGUGACACAAUAUGCCUGCAGGCCCUCUCAAGGAGAAUACACUAUGGUAAGUAUGUGGCUGAGGCAAAAUUCCAGGCCUCCCCUAAUGACUAUAAGGCUGCUAUUAUAGCCCAGGACAGGGACAGGCUCAUGGAUAUGUUGACAUAUCCAGCCGUUGAAGAGACGAUCAAGACGCGAGUAGAAAUGAAAGCUAAAAUCUUUGGGCAGGAGGUAAUUGUGGAUAUUGAAGGAGAUGAAGCUGACCCAGCAUAUAAGAUCGAACCAAGCUUAAUAGCAGAUCUGUAUGGCGAAUGGAUUAUGCCGUUGACAAAAGAGGUUCAAGUGGAGUAUUUGUUGAGGAGAUUGGAUUAGCUGGAGCAAGAGCUUCCUAAGCUAUUCAGUGCAAAUAAAGCAGUAAGGUUUUGUCAAUACGUGCAUACCGUUGUUGGGUUUCGGAAUGAUGUAUGUAAAAUGGGAAGAUAUCAGAAAAAUGUCUUGGGGAUAUAAGAAAAGAUAAAAGCUCAUUUUAGAACUGAAAUUUACGUGUAUUGGAUCGAAGGGUGUCUUGGAAUAGCAGAGGUGUAUGGUUUCCAGGCUUUCCUUAUCUUCCUCAAUAUAGAAGGAAAUGUUAAACCUCAUUCGCCUUC